AUGGACGAAGGAAACGAGCAGAGCAACGGAAGUAACAUGUGCCGAGCCUUGGUCCCAGAGGUUGUAUCAGCCUCAUGCCAGGCACCCGCGGGCGCUGCGGCUGGCGAUUCGACAGGCAUCAUGACCGUGGAGUCGUCCUUCGCUGGAGUAGGGAAAGGCCGAGAGCUGCCUCAAGGCGAAGAUAAAGAUGAGUGCAAUAGUGUGGAUGCAGAUAGCGAAGGCGGCGAAGACCGGAACGGGAGAGAGGCAGGCUUCCGAGAGUGUGACUCUAGUCGAACAAGUGAAGGGCGUUUGUACGGUUUUGCGACGGCGGCCGAUGGUAGGCGGGAAGCGACACAAAAGGAAUUGAGCUGCGGAGAAGAGCGACUCACGGACUCGACGACGCGCUGUCCCCCCGGAGAGAUGAUCACCGGAGUAGAAGAAAGCGGAAAAUCUGAGAGGGAUGCACAGGAGGAACGCGCUCCGCCUGCGAACCAAGGACCAGUGCACCGAGAGAGCUCGCGUGCGAGUGACGGAGGACCGCCGGGCCCCCAGGACUGCCUAGCAUAUGGAGGCGAGUGUCUCUUGGCCGAGAUGCAGUCUAGAGAUAAUCAAGAGGACGACGAUGGCUGCGAAUCUGAGGAAGAUGACAGCUAUUUAGCAGAUGAACUCGCAGUCGAGGAAGCCAAGCGGUCAGAGCAAGUUUGUAGUUUGCAGCAUACAGCACCAGAAGAGAAAGAUGAGAUUCACCGCUUGCUUGUUGUUUCGGGAAACGCUACGGACGUGACACCGACUCCGUUUCUUUGCAACGGCGAUACCAGUGCGCGGCGGUGCCAUAUGCCGGAGGCUAUGUUUGAGAGGAACAUCACAAGAAGCACCCCGAGCCUCAGCCGGGUGCGAGAAUCUCCCACUCAGUCGAGCUCUCCGAUCGGUGAAACACCUUCAGAACACGCAAGCGAUGUGCUUGGAAAUCGGCACGACGGUACAUUAGAGCAGCUGCAGAACCCUGGCAUUGGAGGAGGGCCUCUUCCUGUAUGCGCGGCUUCUCAUGCCUUCCGCUAUAUCCCUAACACCGCAGCCUCGCCGCCUUUUUGGCCUCCGCUCUCUCCACCAACCUCUGACGACGAAAAUGAAGGGCGUGCUUCUACAGCAGGGGUCCAGGGUGGCCUUACUGACUCUGCUCCGCCGACUGCAGCGGGGCAAGAUGUUUCUUCUUUACCCGAGUCGGUCGCCGUCAGCCACGGUCAGUCGACAAACGCUAAUGAGGGGGCCGUGGACACCCGGAGCGCUGACUCGCAGCACGCGCAAAGUCUCGAGACUCCCGAGCUUCCCGUAUCGAGUCCCCCAUCUCAAGUAGAGCCGCGCGCGAGUGUUGUGGAGUUUGCCGGAUGCUGGGGCAAUGCAGCCUACGACGCAGCUCCUCAAUCGCCUGGCUCUGCCGACGCAGAGCUAGGUGCUGCUCAAGGUGGGCGUUGGAUGCCUCAGGAGGUCGCGGGUCAGUGGCCGCAGUGGUUCCUGUUUUCCCUUUGGUCUUAUCCGGCUGAAGCCACCGUUUUAUGCGGAAAUCCAUAUCUGCCUUUCCCCCUGGCACAGCUUGCUCUGUACUCUUCGCCACUGCCAUCCGUCAUUUCUCAAUUGUAUGCUGCGCAUCCUGUGUACUUCCCGUCUCCGUCAUUGCCGCCCUCUUCACCCCCGUGCACGUGCCCGCUGUCUACGUGCCCGUACUUGGCGAUGCCGUGUUCCUCCGCGGCGAGUUUUCCGCGAUCGUACCCAGUUACUGCCGGUCGGUCAGGCUUCAGUGCUCAAGCCGCUGGGCAGUUAGCGAGUCCGUGGAUGAGAGGGAUCCCGUGGGUUUGGAUGCGCCGGGGAGAGGAAGAGGGAUAUUUCCCGUAUUUUCUUCCUCACAUGUAUGGAAACGUCAGUGGCCGCGGUCCUUCCGCGAUGCCUCACUGUCAAGCCGAGAAUGCUUUUUUCAUCCCGCCGCUUUCGGAGAGAACUCUGCAAGCUUCUGUUCCCUUUUGGUCUCCAGGCGCGUACGCAUUUGCUCCCUCUUCCGCCUUCUCCCACACUUCAGCAUCUUUCCCGCUCUUACUUCUAUCCUACUAUCUGCCUAGCGCCCCCGUGAGCUCUUUGGCGGCGUCGCAGUUCGGAAGAGAAACCGAAGGCGGCUGGACAUGGGGAGGGAGCGCGUCACAGGCUGAAGUUAGGCAGCUCUGUGGUCUACCGGUGGACAGCGACAGUUCUGUCUUGCCGCCGCCCGCGCUUCGAGCGCCGGCGCCUUCGUCGCUCGGCGAGAGAGGCUCUGCGUCGGUCGGAUUGGUCAGACAGGAAAACGAGAUGGAAGGGGAAAUCUCUCGUGGCGCAGACGAGAGAUUUGCACAGCAGCUCACCACCGAGCCCGUAGUGGCUCAUGUGCCUCCGCACGCAAUGGCUUCGCCGCGCACGUGCAAGAGAGCAGCUGAACCGGAAAGCAGGCAGCCUCGACGCUCGCGGCGUACCCGACACCUGCUCACUGUCGACGAGAUUCGAAAAGCUGAUGAAGAGGGUGAGCAGAGCGAAUGGGAAGAAGACAAAAUGAUCAGAGACCUGGUGCUGAGCGGUAGGCUAGCAGAUGACGACUGCCACUAUCCGAUGGAAUUCGGCGUGGGCGACGUGGUGUACUUUUCUGACUACGAACAUCCAGACUCUGACCAAGAGAUCGAAGCGCCACCCGGAGUGCUUGAAAGGCAAAGACACAGCGAGAGAAAAGGGGAAAGGAGCCAAGAGAAAAGAGCCGCGAGAGUAACUGGACAGGGCAUUGGCGGCACUUCCGCGCAUGUGCGAGACCCCUUCGCAGCGACGGCGACGUGGUUCAGCUUAGCGCGGGAAGAAAGACGGCUUGCGGCGGUGUACAGGAAUAAGAAGAGGAGCGAGGCAGCCACGAAUCAGGGUCGCCCGUCGCACCGGAAGCGGAGCCUUCCAACAGACCCGAGCGGAAGGAAAGACACUUCGCUGGAUGACCACAGUGAGGAGGAAGGCGAAGGGAGAAGCAGAGCGAGGAGAGAAAGGCUGAAACGGGAGCAGAGGGAGGAGGAGGCGAGCAGGCGGACUGACCACCUCGAGGGCGCCGAGGUCGAAACAACACUCACCGGCUUCUACCGACGCAUAAUGACAGAAGACGACACCGAAAGCGACGACGAAGAUUCGGACGACUUUGAGAACAGCCGAAGGAGUCACAAGACAGAGAGUCGAACGAGGGAAAUGUUACAGGCAGAACACUCUGCAGGUCCGGCGUCCUCUAUGAAGCCCGCACCGGACUUAUCUGCUGCGGGCGAGCUUUUUAUCCGCGCCCUAGGAAUGACAUUCGACGUCGUCUGCUUCCACGCACCGCGUGGGGCUCUGACUGCAUUCCAUUGCUUAGGAUCCCCGGCCUCAGCACCGUCCUGGUACGUCGGACGGCUCGCUUACAACUUCGGCUGUAGUGACGAGGCAUUCACGUUGGCUUUCAUAUACAUCGAUCGUUUCCUCCGAGCCUCUCAGUCCCCAUCAAUCAUGCAAAUGAUCGAUGCAAUAGUUUUUUCUCGAACGCCUGCCUGUGACUACCAGUUCCCUGCGUCCUUCUGGCCGAAAGUCAUAGCCUCGGGAGCAUCAUGCCGUUUUGGCGGCACAGCACUGGCAAGGCCGACGCACAUCAAAGGAGACUUGCCUGGCAGUCUCAAAGGAGGGAGCGAGAUUGACCGACCACCUCCUAAAGCAGGAUCAGGAUGCGGGCACGGUACUGAGGGCAAGAACGUGGAGCCGGUUGGUCGGUCUUUGCAGACUGACCUCGUGACGCUUUCGGCGUACAACGUUCAUCGCCUUCUCCUGGUUGCCCUCGUAGUGGCAAUUAAGUAUCUAGAUGAUACAAGGUUUUCAGAUCAGACCUACGCACGCCUGGGCAGUUUGGAUCCGAGAGAGGUGAGCCGCUUGGAAACUCUCUUUUUGUCGCAUAUCGACUUCAAACUGUACGUGCGGCCCGAAGAGUACCGCAUGCAUACGCGUCGAAUCCUGGAAAACCUGGAAGCUUUGUUUGUGCCCCUGGCGCGUCCUAAAAAGCUGCGAAUCUUUCCGGAUUGGUGGAAUCCCCCGUUGCCUCCGCUGUCACGCCGUGAGGUCCGCGAGGUUCGCCGUCUGGCGGCGGCAUCGCCUCUAACGCACUCGCGGGCGAGCAAUGAAACGCGAGAGGGGGGAGGCGAGCGCACUCGGGAUGAGCCCGAGGAAGCUAUAGGGGCAACGUUGCAAAAAGAAGGAGCCGCAGAGCGGACGCAAGCGGAUGCGAUCGCAGAAACGGAGAGCGCGAAGGUCUUUGGCGCAGAAGACGUUAUGAAUAGGUGGACGAGUGAGCCUCACAGACCUUCAACCAGCAAAGAGAGAACGGAGCCUCCGCGUUCCUUCUCUUUCUCCACGACGAUGUCCCGGACGUCCUCCGCUUCUCUGCGUCGCUCAUCCACGAGCCUGGAUUCGAGAUUCUUCGCCGCAGCGCCGGGAGCUGAGGGCGUUUCCAGUUCGCAUUCGUCCAUGGCGGAAGGGGAAAAAGAGCCACGCGAAAGCGGGGAGAGUGGUAUCGCCUCUCGUGGAGAACGCCUGCCUGACGCAGAGACAGCUGCGCCAAAAGGGGAACGGAUGCACGGUGUGCAGGAGCCAGCUGGAGUGCGCCCCUUGUCUUCUUCGCCUUUCUCCAUGGUACCCUCGUUCCCCCUUGCGCCUUCUCUUCUUCCCUCUGAUUCCCCAGACCCAACGUUUCGCACGUCGUCUGCUGCGGCUCUCGGCUGUGCGCUCGCUUCCCCCCCAUUGCAGGUUCCAGGCAAGCAUAUUCAGGGAGAGGUGGGAAGCGGGAUUGUCGGCGAGCCAGCGAUGUGCAAGGAGCUACUGGCGCCCUACGGGCAUGUUUCGCCGCCAUGUGCUGUGGCAGUCACUUCGUGCGUAGUCCUGACUCCGAGUUUGCUUGAGGACGGACCCGUUCCGGCAUCUCUCGGAGCGGGGAAUAAGGGAGAAUCGAGCAGACAGACACGCCACGAAAGCUUGAGCACGCACGGAAUCCGUGGCACUGGUAACGGGGUCAUUCUGGAAACGCAAAGCGAAGGGAGAAAAAAGGAAACAGAGCUCGUAGAGGAUGCUCAGGCUCUAACAGAGGACGCACAAGGAGAGCGACAACAGAGGGGAGCAUCGCGUGAGGCACACGAAGAACGCGGCGCGGAGCAGCCGCCAGAUCACCUGUGCAAAGCUUCUCGAGACGACGUUCUCUUUUGCUCCGUGGCUUUUCCUUCUUCCUGUCCCACGGAGACCCUUGUCAUGUGUGGCGAAGCUGCAGAGAGUUACAUGCCAGGGGCGACGGAUGAUGGACAGCAUGAUCCGUUUGCAUAUCUCUUGAGUGAAAGCGACGCAGCAUCUUCCGAAAACGAAUCAUUUACGUCCUUGCUCUCUUCGCCCGGCACGGCACGUUUUUGCGAGGAUGCGUUCUCGCCAUCGCAGACGACGCACGAGACGCACUGCAUUGUCGACCAGGCAGAGGAGUCGUCUUUUACUCCUUUACCACCUGCCUCGCGUCCCUCGGCUCCGCCUGAGCUCGCCUCUCCGCCUUCCGCGUCCGCCUCCACUCCAACGUGUACGCGUGAUUCUUUUUCGCUGGAUUCCGCGGACCCCCUGCUGCCUGCCUUUCACGCUGUUCUCGCCCCCGAGAUGAGGGGCGGCGUUGACCUAGAUUUCCUCCAGGCGCUGCCUGAGGGCAAAAGCAUAGCGGAUGUGAAGUCGGGUCUUCUGCCGUUCCUUCCGACGCUCGCUUCCUUGAACUACUUCUUCAUGCUUUUCUCUUCGCAGCCCGUGAAGAUCGCCGUUAUCCCUGCCACAGCUGACGUGACAGCCGUUUUGACCGACGACAGGCAACGAGACGACGGAGCCGCACCGCAGCAAGGCCUGCUCUUCUUUACUGAGAGUGCCUCGGGGACCGGCGGCGGCUGCCCGCUUUCGAAGCUACUGAGGCUCCUGACGGAUCAUGAGGAGGGCGAGCCCAGCGAGGAAGAGAAAGAGCGACGGCGGAAACAAGACGAAGAAGAAGAGCUGGAGAGCCGAGCGGCGAUCGGCAUGAUUCGCUAUUUCGAAGGCCUCAUAUUCUUCGUCGAGGGAAAAGGGGAUCCGACGCAUUUGCCCGUGAAGUUCCCUCCCGCGAUAAUCCUACACUUCUCAAACAUCGCAAAUGAAGCGCAUCGGUUCGAGCGAACGACGAAAGAAAACAGAGAUGAAGAGACAGAAAUGAAGCAACGCGGAGCCGAGGAGCACAGCACACAGAUCGAAUGGCCGUUUUCACAAGCAUCAGAGCACUGUCCCCCCCUGCGCGUGUGCGUGGGCGAGCUAAGCAGAACAAUACCCAUGUUUCCGAACUUUGAGGAAAAUGACGACUGCGUCCAGUCGUGCCCGGCUGGAGCUUCGGAGCAGGCAGAGCAGGAGGACCUAGGGGACACAAGCAGAAUAGAACCGCCGGGGGAUGGCAUGAAGCAUUUUUCUACGCGAAAGCAGAAGGGAUCGCGAAACGGAGAAGACCGCGAGUGGACGCGAGGCGAGAGCGAAAGCUGCAUUGUGCUUGAAAUGGCGCACCGCGCUGCAGAAUGCGGUGGACCGAUAGAAGAUGGGAUCUCAGAGUUGACAAGAGAGACGACGCGGAGACAAGACCGUGGUGAAGGAGAGAGUCAGGGGCUGCAUGAAAAUCCCCUGUCUGCGGAGUUUCCUGGCCGAAAGAGGCGCAAGGUCAAAGAAGAGCUAGCACCGCCCGCGGAGCGCGAAGGCUCCAUUCAAGAGGCUCACGAGGUACAGCGAGAGGUAAAACCCGAGGCACGAGACAGGACGGUGUCUGUGUCGGCGCUUCCUGAAGCACAAGAUGCAGAGGCAGGGACGGCCGAGAGGAAAGAGGUUGUGCGCCGGCUCUUAACAUUAGCAGGCCUGGCAGGGUUGCCGCCUUUCGCAUUCGAAGCCAACGAUUCUGUUUCGCUCGUCUUUCCAUUCCUUCCUGCCGCACCCCCCAAGUUGGAGCCUGUUAAACUUGUUGAGGGCGACGCGCACGACCAACAGCCGCGAAAGGAGGAAGCUCAACGUGCGCGGCAGUCAGCCGCAAACAGGAACGGCGAGCCGGUGCCGUGGAGAGAUACCUAUGUAGGCAUGCAGCUUGAGUGUCUGUGCGCCUUGCUUACUCUGCAAAUGCUCUCUAGGCGCCUAAGAAAGAGACGUCAACAGCGCAUCGAUGAAUUAAAACCCGUUCUCGACCGGUUCACGUGCGGCGGGAAGGUCACCCCUGACGGCCAGCCUGGCAGCCCCGCCUUUUCCGCCGCUCAGCGCGCGGUCACAAGCGCAGCAACGACAAGAGCCAAUCUGCGGUAUCGCGGCGUAUCUAUCUCUGCGGACCAACUGAUUGUCGCUGUGUCGCGCGCUCCACCGUCUGGAGCGCCGGCUGCGCUAGAGAGUUCUCUCUCCGGUCUGCAUUCGGCUGCGUUUUUGGUGAGCGCCCUUUCGAUUCUUCUUCUUCCGCGCGAAGAGAUUCCGCGCGAACAGGACCAUGAGUCCACGCUUCCGAAGGAGCUGUGCAAGUACCUCUUGUCCUCGACUCUUCAGCUGAUCAAGGAAAACCCGAGUGUGUUCCGCGGCCGAGACGGCUGGGCCGCACAGCUCCAACAUCCUCUGGCCUCCGCGCUGUCGCCGGGGGGGGCAGUCGCGGCGCGUGAGAGCGACCGGGUGCCUUCCGAGGAGCCUCUACUGUCCACCUUUACGCAGUCUUCUUCGCCCGGUGAUUCCCUCGUCGCUUCUUCAGACUUUCCUGCUUUCUCCGCAGCUCCACCCCUGGCGGCGCAGUCUUCUGUCGUCUCCCUCUCACGCCGGUCCUCCCCCUCCCUGGUCUCAUCGUCGCGCUCUUCUCGCAGCCCCACUCCCGAUGCACGGUCUAGUUCUGCAGACGAUGCCGGAAGUGUGUCGCCUUUUCUUGCUUUCCUCGGCGGCUGUACUGCACCGGCUUCGCCUCGCGCUUCGCCGGCCUCCACGUCUCUCUCGCGCCGCACACCUCGCAUGAAGCUGCCGCGGCUAUUCCGGCGGCAUUCCGCGCCCUCGAGCUCUUGUCACAGGGGGAGCGGCCUCGCGGCGGUUAUGCGAGACGGCGGCGACAUAAUGGAGUCCGUUGACGAGGGAGAAGAGGACCGCGAACGAGGCCGAGCGACAUCAAGUUUCGUCAGGUAG